AGACCUUAAUAGAUCAAUGAUCUGAACACGUGGCUUUUUUUAGUUAAUUAAAAAACAUAUUGGACUCAAUUAGCUCAAAAAUAAGUUCGUAGGUUAAAUUCAAAAGACAAAAUAAGUUCAGGGCCUAACUUAUUUCAUAACAACGGAGGAGCGUAGUUCUUCCACGUCAUCUUGCAGGGGAAGGUGCCAUGUCAUCAGUAACGAUAAACUGAUAAAGGGAUAAGAAGCAUUUUUGUGCCGGAGAGAGGAAACGGCGGAGCAAUGGCGCGUGUUUUGCUUCAUUGUAAGGCUGCGGCGGUCACCAUGGCGACUACUAAACAAGGGGAUUCCGUUGAUGUCAGUAGAAUUCAACUUCCGGACAAGACCCGAAAUUCCCGCGUGCUGGUGCUUGGUGGGACGGGUCGGGUCGGAGGAUCCACUGCCACUGCGCUCUCCAAGCUCUGCCCUGAUCUCCGCAUCAUUGUGGGUGGUCGAAACAGGGAAAAAGGAGCUGCCAUGGUUACUUCACUGGGAAAGAAUUCAGAGUUUGCUGAAGUUGAUAUUAACAACAUGAAUUCAUUGAAAGGCGCUUUAAGUGAUGUGGAUCUCGUGGUUCACACUGCGGGACCCUUUCAGCAGGUGGAGAAGUGCACUGUUUUGGAAGCUGCUAUUGAGACCAAGACUGCAUACCUUGAUGUUUGUGAUGAUACAAGCUAUGCCUUCCGUGCUAAAUCAUUCAAAAAAAGAGCAGAAGCUGCAAAAGUUCCAGCCAUAACUACUGGUGGAAUCUAUCCAGGAGUGAGCAACUUGAUGGCAGCUGAGCUAGUUCAUGCUGCAAGAAGUGAAAGCAAGGGAGAGCCAGAAAGACUAAGAUUUUAUUACUACACAGCAGGCACUGGCGGUGCUGGUCCGACUAUAUUAGCCACUAGUUUUUUACUUCUUGGUGAGGAAGUUGUUGCAUAUAACAAAGGAGAAAAGAUCAAAUUAAAGCCUUAUAGCAGAAUGCUCAAUAUUGACUUUGGGCAAGGAAUUGGAAAGAGAGAUGUUUAUUUGUUGAAUUUACCAGAGGUACGGAGCGCUCAUGAGGUCCUAAAAGUACCAACUGUCAGUGCUCGAUUUGGAACUGCUCCAUUCUUCUGGAAUUGGGCAAUGGAAGCCAUGACAAAUCUUCUUCCUGGGGAUUUUCUAAGAGAUAGAAGGAAAGUGCAGCAAUUGGUCCAAUUGUCUGAUCCUCUAGUCCGAGCAAUUGAUGGGAUUGCUGGAGAACGUGUGUCAAUGAGGGUUGAUUUGGAAUGUAGUGAUGGACGCAAUACCAUUGGUAUAUUUAGUCACAGGAAACUGUCUGUGUCCGUGGGAACUGCAGUAGCUGCUUUUGCUCUAGCAAUUCUUGAGGGAAGUACACAGCCUGGAGUUUGGUUCCCAGAAGAGCCUGAAGGAAUUGCAAUUGAGGCAAGAGAAAUUCUACUCAAGCGUGCUGCACAAGGAACAAUUAAUUUUGUAUUGAACAAGCCACCGUGGAUGGUUGAAACAGAACCCAAAGAGCUUGGAUUAGGAAUAUACAUAUAAGAAUACACCCAAGAGGAAGUUAUAGUUCAUUUUUUUAUUGGAGAGCUUUUCUUCCAUGCCACUGAAGUGAAGUUAGAGUAGUUAUUCAACAUUUGUGUCAAUCCAGAUUGGUUUCUAACCAAGCAGAUCUUGUGAUUCUUUAUCAUACCAGCUCCUUGAAUUUGUCAGCCGUUUAGAAGAACUUUGCCAUGUAUGGAGAAUACAGUUUUCUGAUGAAAAGCAUCUGAAAUUCUUUGUAACCAAUCCAUUACCUUUAUAAUCUAUUGUGGUGAUUAGCUCAAUAAAUAUAUGGAGGCUGC